AUAAGGAGUAAAACAUCUCCAAUUCACACUUAUUUCACGUGUGUGUGAGAGGCUUAACAACUGAAGCGAAUAAUGCGAAAUAUUAGAGAUUAUUUUUGUUGAUCAGCUUUUAAAAGAACCUGUAAAUGAAAGACAUCUGAUAACUUUCGCUUCUAAGGGCGUGGUCUCAAUGGGAAUCACAUGAUUUAACCCCACAUGAACAAUUGUCACAUGACUGUGAAUGUUUUCCAAGAUGGCGACCACGGUACACACACCGUUUGUGUUGCUCCUCUUUCAAAUCGGCGUUUUUAGCCUUCCUGUCAGUCAGACACCUCAAGAAAGUCCGACAUGUGGAUAUAAGUCCUGUCAUGCUAUAAAGCCGGGGAUGUUGAACGUGCAUCUGGUUCCCCACACACACGACGACGUCGGUUGGCUCAAGACUGUGGACCAGUACUUCUACGGAGCCCGUAACGACAUCCAGCAUGCUGGGGUACAGUACAUCCUGGACUCGGUAGUGGACCAGCUCCUGAAGAACCCCGACCGACGCUUCAUCUACGUCGAGACGGCGUUCUUCUACCGCUGGUGGAAACGGCAGUCUGGUGACAUGCAGGACACCGUCAAACAGCUGGUUGAUGAGGGGCGGUUGGAGUUUGUCAACGGGGGCUGGUGUAUGAGUGACGAGGCCACUACGCACUACAGCGCUGUCGUCGACCAGAUGACCAUCGGCCUGCGCUUCCUCAACGACACGUUUGGACCCUGCGGACGACCCCGCGUCGCCUGGCACAUCGACCCUUUCGGGCACGCCCGCGAGCACGCCUCCGUGUUUGCCCAGAUGGGUUACGAUGGGUUCUUCUUUGGCCGCCUGGACUACCAGGACCGGAGUCGUAGAAAGGCUUCCAGGGAACAGGAGAUGGUCUGGAGGGCCAGUGAGAGCCUCGUGCCCCCCGUCGCCGACCUCUUUACUGGUAUCCUCCCAAACGGGUAUAACCCUCCUGAAGGCUUCUGUUGGGACCAGUUGUGUGACGACCCACCAAUCAGAGACGACCCUGACCUGGAGGACUACAAUGUGGAAGAUGUGGUCAGCAAGUUCCUUACUGUGGCACAAGAACAGGCCAAGGUGUAUAAAACCAACCACAUAAUCAUGACCAUGGGUUCAGACUUCCAGUAUGAGAACGCCAACCUCUGGUAUAAGAACCUGGACAAACUCAUCCGCUACGUCAACCAGAAGCAGGUCAACGGCUCCAACAUCCAUGUGCUCUACUCCACGCCCUCCUGUUACCUCCAGGAGCUUCACCGGGCAAACCUCAGCUGGACUGUAAAGAGAGAUGACUUCUUCCCCUAUGCCGAUGCGGCACAUGACUUCUGGACCGGCUACUUCACCAGCCGGCCGGCUUUAAAACGCUACGAGAGGAUCAGCAACAGUUACUUACAGAUUUGUAACCAGAUGGAAGUCCUUGGUGGUCCAACAUCCAGGAACGGGUCCUUUGGAGUGGGAAACAGUGACACUAUGAAGAAGGCCAUGGCGGUGGCACAGCAUCAUGACGCUGUAUCCGGGACGGAGAAGCAACACGUUGCCGACGACUACGCCAGAAGACUGGCCAAUGGCUGGACCCAAUGCCAGGUGUUGGUCAGUAACACUCUAGCUGCUCUGAGUGGUUCCUCUGCUCCUCGUGUCUACUGCGAACACCUCAACAUCAGCGUUUGCCCUCUGACCGAGUCCAGCAGCAAGUUCUCGGUGAACGUGUAUAACCCCCUGGCGCGUCCAGUCGGCUGGUCGGUCAGGCUUCCGGUCAACGGGACUGCCUACGCUGUGACCGACUCCAGUGGCAACGCAGUGGACUGUCAGGUGGUCCCAGUGUCCCAGGCCACAGUUGUGGUGCGGAGGGACAGGGGGUACGCCGUUAACGAGCUGCUGUUCCAGGUCCGGGCUCCUCCGAUGGGCUACAGCACUUACUCCGUCUCCCUGCUUCAGAAGGGGCCUCCUCCGGCCUCUCCGUUUCCCAGGGCUCCUAAGGACAUUCAGAACAAGUUCCUGAAAGUGACCUUUGACCCAGAGACUGGUCUUUUGAGCAGUCUCAGUAACCUAGAGACCCAGCAGACUGUCAGACUGUCACAGAACUUCUACUGGUACAACGCCAGUGAUGGUAACAACAAGGACAGUAAACAGAUGUCUGGAGCGUACAUCUUCAGACCCAACUCUUCCACCACCUUCAUCAUCAGCAAGACUGCCAAGAUAGAAACAGUACAGAACUCCGUGGUCCAGGAGGUACGACAGUGGUUUAGUCCCUGGGUUUCUCAGGUGGUCCGUCUCUACGCGGACAGCAGGGUUCUGGAGCUGGAGUGGACCGUCGGCCCGGUCCCUAUUGGUGACAACAUGGGGAAAGAGGUGAUAACCCGUUUCGACACCAGUAUCAACUCCUCUGGAAUCUUCUACACCGACUCUAACGGCAGAGAAGUGCUGCAGCGACGGAAAGACUACCGCCCCACCUGGACCCUGACUCAGACGGAGCCUGUGGCUGGGAACUACUACCCCAUCAACUCCAGAGCUUACAUUAAGGAUGAAAAGGACCAGCUGACCGUGGUGACUGACCGCUCUCAGGGAGGAGGCAGCAUCCAAGACGGAUCACUGGAGAUCAUGCUGCACCGACGGUUGCUCCACGAUGAUGUCCGAGGAGUAGGCGAGCCCUUAAACGAGGCCUCUGACCUGUACCCAGAAGGCCUGGUGGUCCGCGGUCGCCUCCUCCUCUCCCUUAACCCCCCCGCCGUGGCUGCCAACACCCACCGCCCCCUAGCGCAGGAAGUGGUACUGCAGCCUCUGAUCACGUUCACUGAAGGACUGCUGCCGCCCAACACGCGACCGGAGUUCUCGGGGCUGCAGACUGCACUGCCCCCUGCUGUUCAUCUGCUGACAGUGUCUCAGUGGGACCCGGACUUGGUGCUGCUCAGACUGGAGCAUCAGUACGAAGCCCGGGAUAGCAAGGAGCACUCGCAGCCGGUCACAGUCAACCUACAGAAGCUCUUCGCUACUUUGGAUGUGCUGGGAGUGUCCGAGAUGAACCUGUCAGCCAAUCAGUGGAAGCAUGAGAUGACCCGUCUGGAUUGGAAGGUGGACUCAGGUGAGAAGCCCCUGCCUAAAACCAAGGGAGACCCCUCGGUGUGGGAGGUGACACUCAAGCCCAUGGAGAUUCGCACCUUCUUGCUCCGUGUCAGGCUGAGAUAGCCAAUCACUGGCCACCGUUCCAGAACGAGUUAGGGAUUGGGCAUUUUGGACUAUUGUCCCUGAAGUGAAAUCUCAACUUGAUCCUGCGACCGACAGACCUGCCCAAUGACCAGCACAUACUCUCAAUCAACCAAUCCCUUUGGCUCAGUGACUGUGACAUUACUGCCUUAACAACACUUGACUGAAUGUAAAGAAUUGUGCACAUGCCUUGAUUAAAUGUAUUUUAAUUGUAUUUUCAAUUUUCUGAGUUGGUUUGAAAAAAAAUAAAAAGGAAAAUGGGUAUGA